CAAAAUUGAGUUUUUCUUUGUAAAGCACUCGAGGUAUCAAAUGCAGGAGUGGUGGCGGCUGCUGCCGUAAUUGUAUUGCUUUUGCUGUCAUCUGCGUUUGCCUUCAAGGCAGAGCAGAGAGAGCAAACGCCUUACUAUGUUGGGAAAGCGUGCUGGUUGAGAGAUACCUGGAGCACGCCGCGAUUCCCAUUGCGGCAUUGUUCAAAUUCACUCUCGCGUGAGAGACCCCCCGGAUUUCCUUACUCGGCCUCUUUUCCAGCCAUGGAAUCACUGCCGAUGCUCCCUUUUUAAGCACCACCACCAACACAACACCUCUGUCGACAGAAGAGAAAAAGGGAGGAAAGAUAAUCAAAUAGGGUGCAAGAGAAUAAAAGAGGAGCCUUUUUUUUAAGCUGCUCGGUGGGUUUAACUCUGAGUACAAGGUUUUGUUCUGAGAGCUUCGUGUGGUUGACCGCACGCUUUCCUCUCUGUGUUCGAGCAAACUUUAAGCUCCUGCUUGGUUUAUCUUCUCGUUGCAAAACUCAAGAGAAAGUUGCCAUGGAAGAUGACCAUGAGAGCUUGGGAGAUGCAUGCCCUCAGCUACUAAACUUAAUCCAAAAUGAAAAAGUCGGGAAAAAAAGAAUUGGGGGUUUAGAUGCCUCAGAAGAGAAGAAAUUAGAGCUGACGCUUGGGCUUCCUGGAGGAGUUGGGGAAGAAGAGAACCCCUCUGUUCUAUCUUCUUGUAUCUUUUCAAAGGUUUCCAAGACCUCUUCCGGAAGGGGAGUUUUAGGUUCUGAGCAGCUAGAAGCUGGAUUGUUCCAGUUGCAGAGCAAAGGAGGGUAUGGAACGGAAUGGCCACACAAGACAACUUGGAACCGUGAGAAAUUUGAUGAGCAGCAAAGCCUUGAGAAAGCACAUGGUGGCACUGAGAAUGAAGCUGGAUCAAACACCAGCUUCCAGACAGGAGUUUCUGCCGGGGCUCCUGUUGUUGGUUGGCCUCCGAUCAGAGCCUUCAGAAAGAACCUAGCAAAUAGCUCAGUCAAGCAAUCUGUGGAUCUUCAUAAUGGAAAUAUAGAUGAAAAAGUGAAGGUUGCCAGCUGCAAGAAGGGUUUGCUCAUCAAGAUUAACAUGGAUGGUAUCCCCAUUGGAAGAAAGGUGGAUCUGAAUGCCUGUGGUAGCUACAAGAAGCUUUCGGUUGCUGUUGAAUCUCUCUUUCUGGACCUUCUCGAAGCCCAAAAGGAGACCUCUACAAAUGACCUUCGAAUGGAUGAGGAAGCAAAACAAGCAUUCAAAAGUUUAUUGGAUGGCUCUGGCGAAUACACUUUGGUUUAUGAAGACAAUGAAGGUGACAGAAUGCUAGUGGGGGAUGUUCCUUGGGACAUGUUUGUUUCUUCAGUAAAAAGAUUGAGGGUGUUGAAAAGUUCUGAUCUUUCCUCUCUACAUGAUUGGGAAGCCAGAAAAGAACAGCAACUGAGUGUUGAAUAUGGCGACGAAGGCCAGGCUAAUUGAGCUAUAUACAUCCAUCAUAUUUUAUUCUUCUUGUUUUGGAUGUGGUUGGUAUUGCAAGUGAACUAUUUUGCGCUUCUAUUAAGUAUUUUUUGAUGUUAAUUACAUUCUUUGGUUGCGAUUUGCAAAUGGUUUUUGCAUGAUGAGUAUUGUGUUUGUUUGGUAAUGGUAUGAAACAAUUGAUUCUUGGUUCUGUUGAUUUAAAUGCAUGAAUAAA